AUGGUCAACUCCUGUUGUGGCUCUGUCUGCUCUGAGGAGGGCUGUGGCCAAGGCUGCUGCCAGCCCAGCUGCUGCCAGCCCAGCUGCUGCCAGCCCAGCUGCUGCCAGACUACCUGCUGCAGGACCACCUGCUGUCGCCCCAGCUGCUGUGUGUCCAGCUGCUGCAGGCCUCAAUGCUGCCAGUCUGUGUGCUGCCAGCCCACCUGUUGCAGGCCCACCUGUUGCCGUCCCAGCUGCUGUCGCCCCAGUUGCUGUGUUUCUAGCUGCUGUCGUCCCAGCUGCUGUGUGUCUAGCUGCUGCAGGCCCUCUUGUUGCACCUCUAGCUGCUGCCGCCCUAGCUGCUGCAGGCCUUCUUGCUGCCGCCCCUGCUGUGGUAGUUCCAGCUGUGGAUCUAGCUGCUGCCGCCCCAGCUGCUGUGUGUCCAGCUGUUGCAGACCCCAGUGCUGCAUCUCCACCUGCUGCCGCCCCACCUGCUGCCAGACCACCUGCUGCAGGACCACCUGCUGCCGCCCAGCAUGCUCUAGCGGUUCUUGCUGCUGA